AUGAGUGAGCCUACGGUAGUCGAGAUACGUGAAACGUGUGGAAAGAACCCAGUAUCGAAAGAAGUAGACAUUCAAACGGAGAAUUCACUGUCACCCUCCCCAGGUGCGACUUGCCAAGAUGCGACAGAUAAUCUAAACAACGGUCGAGGCUACUCACGCCUCUCUACAGUCAUGAUGAUUGUCUUCAGUGGCCUUGCGAUUGGCUCGGAUGGCUUCAAUGCUGCGAUCAUCGGAAACCUUGAGUUGAUCAUGGCGGUUAUUUAUCCAAAGUCACUGACCACAGAUGUAGCUGCUCGCCUAUCCAACGCAUUUAUAGUCGGCAUGAUUAUUGGAAUGCUCUCAUUUGGUUACAUCGCCGAUAAACUGGGCCGCAAGAGUGGUGCUGUUCUAACAACAACAAUUUUGGUCCUGGGAAUUGCACUGAGUGCCGGUGCUAGUGGGGUGACUGAGGGUGGCAUGUUUUGGAUGCUGAUCAUAGCUCGAGGAGUCGCAGGUGUUGGCGCGGGAGGAGAGUACCCCGUUGCAGGUGCGGGUGCUGUUGAAGCCACAGAUGAAGCUCCAGGAGUUCGUAAGCGAAGAGGCUUUAUUUUCGCAAUGAUUGCUGACUUGUCGGCCUCCCUUGGCUUUGCCUUCGGUGCCCUGGUGCCACUACUUUUGCUUUUGUGUUUCCAUCAACAAGUGAAGCAUUAUGAAACAGUCUGGCGAAUCUCCUUUGCCAUGGGAGCCAUUCCUCCUCUCUCGAUUUUCUGGUUCCGCUAUCGCAUGGUCGUCAGUUCUGCAUAUCGCAAGAGCUCUAUGAAAAAGCAGAGGCUACCGUAUUGGCUAGCGAUCAAGAAGUAUUGGCGGCCGCUGGUGGGCGUUUGCGGUUCGUGGUUCAUUUAUAACUACAUCUCCUAUCCUUUCGGCCUGUUUUCAUCUACCAUCGUCGGUCGGGUAAAUCCAACCUCUUCCUUGGCCCUCACAAUGGCCUGGGGAACGUUGAUAAAUUGCUUCUAUAUUCCCGGUGCAUUCAUCGGUGGUUUUCUCUCGGACCGUAUUGGCCGCCGCCGCACCAUGGCACUAGGAUUCUUCCUUCAGGCAAUUCUGGGUUUCAUCCUAGGAGGAGCAUUAGGCCCGAUCCAGACAAAGCUGCCGCUGUUUAUCGUCCUCUACGGGAUAUUUCUUACCCUCGGAGAGAUCGGCCCAGGUUCCACAAUCGUUCUCACUGCCAGUGAAAGUUUUCCCACUUCGGUUCGCGGCCAUGCAGUCGGAUUAGCUGCUGCUUGUAGUAAGGCCGGGGCGGCAAUUGGAACUCAAGUCUUCAAGCCAAUCAUGGCUAGUUGGGGCGAUGACGAGCUUCGUGGCACCCAGGCUGUCUUUCUCAUUGGAUCAGGGUUUGCCGUUCUCGGGGCAUGCUUGGCCUGGUUUGUCCUCCCGGACAGCGAUACAGUCCUCGAUCAUGGUGACCAGGAGUGGAAGGACUACCUGGUCGCUCAUGGUUAUACAAACAUUGAAUGGGGCGCCGAAGGACAAACGGCUAUACCAGAUCAAAAAUUAGUUGACUAG